AUGGAGAAGAAUAAAGUUUGGGAAAGAAGGAGACGGAGUUGGGGAAAGGGAAGGGGUGUUUUGGAGAUGUUUCGGAGUCAUCGGAGAUGUUUUACAGUCAUCGGAGUAUUGAAGCCAGUGACCCACGGUAGUGGUGUUGGUGUUGGUGUUGGUCAAUGGCAAUGGAGUAGCGUUGAGUUCAUCGUAACCUAUUUUAGCCAAACUCCAACUCAAAUAUACCAUGGCGAGGGAGAAGAGAGGGAGUCUACGAGUGGUGCACCAUGGCAAGGGAGAAGAAAGAGUACAUUUCCACAUGGGGAUAUCAAGUUUGAUGUUUUUUUGGGAGGGGAACUGGUAUGGUGCUCGACAUCGGCAAGCCAAGGGUGUGCAGAACAUAAUUGGUCCAAUUCGAACUAUAAUGCCUCUUCCGAGUUUCGACCCCUUUUAUUCUUAGCUAAAUUUUUAGAUUCCUUAUAUUUCGUGGGCCCAGUUGUAGAAUACAAAAAGGUUGGUGUCACUUGUCACCGUUCUUCGUCAGGAAUGGAGCAUUUGAAAUCUCCAUUCAGAGGGAUUGCACAUGAUGUUAGAGGAAGAGCAUUGUGCUAUAAACAGGAUUGGAAUGUCGGAAUUCGCUCUGGAAUUGGGAUUUUGGCUCCAACUACAUACAUCUUCUUUGCUUCUGCACUACCUGUCAUUGCAUUUGGGGAGCAACUUAGUAGAGAUACAGAUGGAAGUUUGAGCACAGUUGAAACUUUGACUUCUACUGCUAUAUGUGGUCUCAUACACUCAAUACUUGGUGGACAACCUCUUCUGAUAUUAGGAGUAGCAGAACCUACUGUUAUCAUGUACACUUACUUGUAUAACUUUGCUAAAGGGAGGCAAGAUUUGGGGCAAAAACUGUUCUUGGCAUGGGCUGGAUGGGUAUGCACUUGGACAGCUCUGAUGUUGUUCAUUCUUGCAAUUUUCAACGCCUGUGUUAUCAUCAAUAGAUUUACAAGGAUUGCAGGGGAAACUUUUGGGAUGUUAAUUUCUGUUCUUUUCAUUCAAGAGGCCAUCAAGGGACUGGUGAGCGAGUUCAAGAUUCCUAAAAAUGAGGAUCCAAAUAGAGUGAAGUAUCAAUUUCAAUGGCUUUACACUAAUGGUAUUCUUGCAGUUGUAUUCUCAUUUGGGCUUUUAUACACUGCAUUAAAAAGCAGGAAAGCAAGAUCAUGGUGGUUUGGAACAGGGCGACUCAGAAGCUUCAUAGCAGAUUAUGGAGUCCCAUUGAUGGUUGUAGUGUGGACAGCUGUCUCUUUCAGUGUACCAAACAAACUCCCUUCUGGUGUUCCAAGAAGGCUCUUUAGUCCACUCUUAUGGGAAUCUGAAUCAACAUACCAUUGGACUGUUAUCAAGGAUAUGGGUAAAGUUCCUCCUGCAUACAUCUUUGCAGCCUUCAUCCCAGCUCUUAUGAUAGCUGGGCUUUAUUUCUUUGAUCAUAGUGUUGCUUCACAGUUGGCUCAACAGAAAGAAUUCAACCUCAAGAAUCCUUCAGCCUAUCAUUAUGACAUUCUUUUGCUUGGAUUCAUGACGUUGCUUUGCGGAUUAUUAGGACUACCUCCUUCAAAUGGUGUCUUGCCUCAAUCACCCAUGCACACUAAAAGCCUAGCAGUUCUCAAAAAACAGUUUAUUAGAAAGAAGCUAGUAGCAAGUGCUAAGGAAAGCAUAAAGCAAAAAGCUACCAAUUCAGAGAUCUACAACAAGAUGCAAACUGUUUUCAUAGAAAUCGAUAGCUCUCCAAUUACGAAUACAAUAGUUAAAGAACUAAAAGACUUGCAAGAAGCAGUGAUGAAAGUAGAAGAUGGAGAAGAAAACACAAAUGUGAAGUUUGAUCCUGAGGAGCACAUCGAUGCACACUUACCUGUGAGAGUUAAUGAGCAAAGGGUCAGCAAUCUACUGCAGUCGCUUCUUUUAGCAGGAUCUAUUUGCGCAAUGCCACUUAUAAAAUUAAUACCAACUUCAGUUCUUUGGGGCUAUUUUGCUUACAUGGCCAUUGAUAGUCUUCCUGGAAACCAGUUUUGGGAAAGGAUCUUGCUUCUCUUUAUCCCCUCUGGCAGAAGAUACAAGGUUCUGGAAAAGGUUCACGCUUCUUUUAUCGAAUCAGUCCCAUUUAGAAGCAUAGUCAUAUUCACAGUCUUCCAAAUCAUCUAUUUCCUUGUAUGUUAUGGUGUCACGUGGGUCCCUGUAGCUGGAAUUCUCUUCCCAGUUCCUUUCUUUCUUCUCAUCAGCAUACGCCAACACAUUCUACCAAAACUAUUCCACCUCCAUUAUCUCAGGGAGCUUGAUGCAGCUGAAUAUGAGGAAAUUGUGGGUAGUCCAACACGACCUCCUAGUUUCAAUCUCAGGGAAUCAGAUAGUGGACAUGGUGGGAACAAUGAAGAUGACGUGGCGAUAUGUGAUGCGGAAAUACUUGAUCAAAUGACUACAAAUAGAGGGGAGCUUAAGGUUCGGAAUCUUAGCUUUAGAGAAGAUAGACGCACACAGCAAAUUUACCACGGAGACUAUAUCCAGUCUGAGUGAAAAAUAGAGAAGACAGUUAUGGAAUGGAUAGCGAACCAGAGUGCAACUAUGAUGCUUGUAAAGGUAAUGAGUAGUUGUAUGCAUUUGGUCAGGGUAGUAGUUAGUGUUAGUUUGAUUUGAUCAUGUAAUUGACAAUGUACAAAAAGUUGGUUUAAACGUUAAAGCCCAAAUGGAA